CUCUCUCAAAACUUCUUGUAUAUUUAAUUUAUUGAAAAAAAAAAUGAUAAAAUAUCCUAUAUUUACACUAUGAAUUUUGUAGAAAAAGGACCUCAUAAAUGUUUGGAUUGUGGUAAAUGUUAUAAAUUAAGAAAUUCACUGUAUGUCCACAAAACCUAUGAUUGCGGAAAGAAAAAUUUUAAAUGUAUGAUGGAAAAUUGUUAUUAUGAAGCAUCACGAGCUGGAAGUGUUAAACGACAUAUUAUCACUGUUCACAAAAUAUCUCCUAUUAACGUGGAUGAUUUUUUUAUUAAAUUAUUUUAACAUUUUUUUGAUUUAUUAUUACCUUUUUUUACACGUCUGCAACCGAUGUGGAAAAAGCUAUAAAAACAAAACAAGUUUAAGUCGACAUGUGCACCAUGAAUGUGGAAUAAGUCCUCAAUUUAAAUGUGUAAUUUGUACCAAACAAUUCAAACGAAGGGAUCGGCUCAAAAGACAUGAAAAGGAAGUUCACUCAACACAAUAAAACUUAGUCAUGUAUGUAUGUAAAGAGCAGGGGGAAAUGGGGAAAAAUUCCCCAAGAGCUUCAGCUUUGGGAAAAAAAUGCUGAGGGAGAAAAAUCGAAUUAGGAAAUUUGCUACGGAUUUCAGAAAAAACAUAAAAAUAAAGUAUCCCCCCCUAGAAUUGCUUCUGGACCCGCCCCUGAAAAAGUAAAUGAGAUAAAAUAAUUAUAUGUUAGAUUAAUGUUUAAUUUUCUCUAGUCAGUGUAAUAAUUAUUAUAUUAUGUCUAAAAUGUCCAAAGAAGUGUUCUUUUUAAAUAGGAUUGGAAAACAAUUCAGUUUAUUUUAUAUUAUAUUAACAUUGCAUUGUAUAAUUCGUUAAUCGUUCCAAUAAUUUAAAUAAAUUAAAUAUAUAAAACAAUUGAAAUAAAAAUAAAU